AUGGCAAAAUCUACAGGUCUAGAUAAGAUCUCAACUAAGCUAAUAAAACAGGCAGGCGAUACAAUAACUGAAUCACUUCUUGAAGUGUUUAACCUAUCUCUUAGGACAGGAAUAUUUCCAGAUGAUUGGAAAUUUGCCAAAGUGACUCCAAUAUAUAAGUCAGAAAACAAAACCUUAUGUGAAAACUAUAGACCGAUAUCAGUCAUUUCGAAUAUCGCCAAAAUAUUUGAGAAAUUGGUCUGUAGACAACUAAAUACCUUCCUGGAUAACAACAACAUAAUUGUAAAAAAUCAAUCAGGUUUCCGUCGCAAUCACUCAACCGAAACCUCGUUACUACAAUCUACUGAAAUGUGGUUGAAAUCAAUGGACCAGGGUCAAAUAAAUGGGGUUAUUUUCUUAGACCUGAAAAAAGCAUUUGAUACGAUUGAUCACCAGAUUUUAUUGUCAAAACUACAAGCUUAUGGGAUACGCGACCACACGCUCAAAUGGUUCCAAUCGUAUUUAGAUCAAAGAAAGCAAAUUUGCAUGCUAAAUAACUGUAAAUCUGAUAUUGAAACAAUUCGUUGUGGAGUACCUCAGGGUUCAAAUCUUGGACCUCUAUUAUUUCUCAUUUACAUAAACGAUCUUCCAAACUGCCUAGAAACAACACACUCUAAUUUAUUUGCUGAUGACACAAUUUUAUCAUGUCAAGGGCAUUUAUCCAUAGAUAUUGAAUACAAACUUAACAAAGACCUAGUAAAUGCUCAAAAAUGGUUAUUAGCGAAUAAACUAACAUUAAACAACGAAAAAACCAAAUAUAUGAUUAUUGGAUCUCGGCAACGAUUGAAAAACUUAGAUCACGCGCCAAAAAUCAGUAUAAACGGACAUCAAAUUGAACGAGUUUAUAAAAAGGAAGCUUUGGGUAUAGUUAUAGACGAUAGACUUAGCUGGAAUAAGCAAAAUGAAGAACAAUGCAACAAGAUAUCAAAAAAUAUUAAUAUUUUAAGAAAAGCCAAAGAUUUUGGUGGCCUAG